UCCUGUCCCCUCAGUUAUUAGAAGCCGUGGGGUCUGCGUGUCUGAAUCUGGUCAGGUUCUUCCUGGUCAGUUAGAUUAGAGGGGAAUGAGUCCCAUAGUUCACAGCUCCAGUGUGAGAGAGACUUGCAUCUCCAUCCCCUCCAAAGCAGUCAGGGAGUCGUAAACCCAAUGGACAUGCUAAUUCAUCCCCAUCCCUCCAGCUUUCAAGGGGGCAGAAGACAUGUAUUGUCGUGGCUCUGUUAACUAUAACUCACAUGCAGAAUUCUUGUUGGUCUCCUUUCCCAGGAGACCGAACUUGACCUAAGAGACUCCUCCAAGCAUCUGGGAAAUGCACUGAAUUGAAACUGACCCUCCUGCCCCAUAACCUAGAUUGAGAUUAAACUGCAUUCCUUUGCCAUUCGUGAUUUUUUAAAAAUUCAGCUGUCUUUUGAGCCCAUCUGCUUCAAAAGCCUCCAGCCCAUGGUGCACAUAACAGUAUACAUCUUGUGAGCAGGUGCUGUUGCUCUGAGGCUGACUCGGGAACCAAGGAUUUUGACAUUGGGGGUGUGAGACUAAGGCAAGAAAAAAUGUCUCUCACCUCAUAUUAUGCAAUCUAGAUCCCUGGUAUCAAAAACAGGCAACCCCAAAACUAUCACUAUUCACCAUGAGGUGCAAAGAGGUUACUGCAGUGCAGCUUUUUGAAUACAUUGAUGAGCCUGAACUGGAUAACUGCUCAUUGACUUCAGUUUCUGGGUUUAUGCUAAUUGAGUCUUGGUGGUAGACUAGUUCCAUCCAUGGGGAGGGCUCUGGAGGUUUAGAACUAGGCAGGGGUUUAACCCCAGAGCUGUGUCUGCAUCAGCAAAUCCCCCAGAGUGCACAGACCCUGGAAACUCCUCGUGAGGGGAUGGUCUCCCACCCCCAAUGUCUGCCUCUCUCAAGGGGACUCAGUGAUCAUGCUUCCAUCUGUUCAGAUUAUUCAUGCUCCCAGCACAGCGUGGGGCCAGGUUAAAUUCUGGGAAUGUUCCUUGUGACAGAUACUCUCCCAGUACUCCAUACACCCUGAUCUUGUCUGAUUUCACCCCCCGAGCAGGAUUUCCCAUUCCCAAACCUGAGCUGAUCGCCCAGCUGGAACGAGGGGAAGAGCCGUGGGUCCCGGAUCUCCAGGCCUCUGAGAAAAAGGAGGUCCCACGAGUCACCCACACAGGUGAUGAGACCGUGAGUAAGAACAAGGAGGUGACUUGGCAGGUGGAACCAGAGAGGGCCUUUUUGAGAGGAGCUGAAGGGAAUUUUCCCCAGGGCUUGGAACAGGGAGAAGCCUGGGGAAAUCGGGAUGGGUCAGAGAGGCAGCUGGGAAACCAGCCAAGGAAGAAAGUGGAUGCAUCAACUCAAGGUGGGGGAGGAUGCACAGAUCCCAAGGAAACCACCGCCCAGCAGACAAAUCCCAAGGAUGAGAAACCCUACAAAUGCCUCAAUUGUGGGAAAAGCUUCAGUGUGAGAACCAACCUUAUUACGCAUUGGAAAAACCACACGGGAGAGAAGCCCUAUAAAUGCUUGGACUGCGGGAAAAGUUUCCGUCAGAGCUCACACCUUAUUACACAUCAGAGACUGCACACGGGAGAAAGACCCUAUAAAUGCCUGGAGUGUGGGAAAAGUUUCAAUGUGAGAUCGGCCCUUAUUGCACAUCAGAGAACUCACACGGGAGAGAAACCCUAUAAGUGCCUGGACUGUGGGAAAAGCUUCAAUGUGAGAUCAGCUGUUAUUAGACAUCAGAGAAUCCACACAGGAGAGAAACCUUAUAAAUGCUUAGAUUGUGGGAAAAGCUUCAGUCAGAGUUCCAGCCUCACUAAACAUCGGAGAACCCACACGGGAGAGCGACCCUAUAACUGCCUCGUGUGUGGGAAAAGUUUUAGCGACAGCUCGUCCCUUAUUAAACAUGGGAGAACCCACACAGGAGAGAGACCCUAUAAAUGCCUGGACUGUGGGAAAUGUUUCAAUCUGCGAUCAGCUCUUCUUGCACAUCAAAGAACCCACACGGGAGAGAAACCCCAUAAAUGCCUGGACUGUGGGAAAAGCUUUAGUCAGAGCUCAAACCUUGUUACACAUCAGAGAACCCACACAGGGGAUAAACCCUACAAAUGCCUCCACUGUGGGAAACGGUUUAACGUCAGUUCAGCCGUUAUUACGCAUCAGAGAAUCCACACGGGAGAGAAACCCUAUAAAUGCCUCGACUGUGGGAAAAGCUUCAGUCAUAGCUCAAACCUCACUAAACAUCAGGGGAUUCAUGAGGGGGAGAGAGCCUAUAAGUGGGACAUGUUUUAAUAGGAAGUCAACCCUUAAUACUCAUCAGGAGACCCCCAGCAUGGGAGAGAGACCCCAGAAAUGUCUCUGUUGAGGGAAAAGUUCGAUUCAGAGAUCAGCCCUUGUUACGCAUCAGACAAUCCACAAAAUAGAGAAACCCCAUAAGUGCUUGGACUAUGGGAAAAGCUUCAAUAACAGCUCAGGCCUUACUUAAUACUGGAGAACCCACAUGAGAGAGAAAAACCUUGAAUGUGGGGCAGGCUUCCCUUAGUAUCUGGCAGCAGCAAAUCCGCGCAGGGAAGAAACCACUGAGAUGUCCUUAGCAAGGCAAAUGCUCCAAGUGGAGCCAACACCAUGUCAGACAUCAGAGACUCCUCCGCACAUGGGAGAAUUUCUUUCAGGGGCCUAACUAGGACUGGCCAUGGUGACAAACCCAUUUCCUUGUUCCCACACACAUCAGGGGCAUUUGGCUCCCAAGGACCCAACUGUCCAUCACUGGGGUGAGGAUCCAGCAGCAGCUGAGCAGCAGCUGGUCAGUGACCCUCUGGCUCUGCCUGGUCUAAGCAAACCCCAAGCAGAGGAGGAGGAGCCCUGAUCAGCCCCUCCUCCCUCCUGCAGCCCUGAAUGCUGAGCUGAUGGGCCACAGGUGGGGGAAAGGAGAGAGAGAAACUCCUCCAGCCGCUCCUUCUACCUGGCUGCAGUUUCCCCCUCUCCCUUCCCCUCCCAGAUGGGAUCCCCCUGCCAUGGAGAUGAGGAGAAGGACACUUGGGCCAGGCCUCACCUUCACUCUAGACCCCUGUCUCCAUCCCUCAUCUUCCACCAGCCCCUGGGCUGGGCUCCCCCACUUACCUGGAGCUGUUCCCUGCACGGGGAGUGUCCCUGGAGGCUGGUAACUCCUCCCUCCCCAAAUUCCCCAGGGCGCUGGGCUCUGGGGCACCAAUCGUUAAGGGACCAGGACGAUGGGUUAUGGGGAAGGGACUGAGGAUGGAAUGGUUGGAGCUGGGAAGCAGGGGGAGCUGGGUGCUGGGCUAUCGAGUGUUUGGGGAUCAUGGGAUAAGAGGCGAGGGAGAGCACGGGGUAGAGAGGUGCUGCCUCUCAUCACUCACCCCUCUGCCCCUUCUCUGCAUUCAGACAGCGCCACUAAGUGGGACUGAUUCCCACAGGGCCUUUUGUGGGAGGCCUGGAGAUACCACCUCUGCCUUGGCAGCAUCAGCCUCUGAGCGUCCGUCUGUGGUAGGAAACGUGGUCGGGAUCAGCCAGCUUGUCUCCUCUGACCCUCCCCCAUUCAUCCUACCCUAGAUUCACCCAGAGCAUCUAAUUCCUUCUGAUCCUCACCAUUAGCAGAUUUCAGGGUAGCAGCUGUGUUAGUCUGUAUUCGCAGAAAGAAAAGGAGGACUUGUGGCAUCUUAGAGACUAACAAAUUUAUUUGAGCAUAAGCUUUCGUGAGCUACAGCUCACUUCAUCGGAUGCACAAUUAGCAGAGUGACUGUUAGAGUCACUGAGUUCCCCCUUUGGGGGUAGAUUCUCUCGCUCCCAGCUAGUCUCACCUUGAUCCAGGCCAUGCUGGCAAGCAUUUCUUUUCAUACAUUUUCUCUCUUACAGAGGAGAAUUAAAUGGAGUCUAGAAGAGUAGGAGCAAGGAUAGUAAAGGGUGGUGUUUUAGGUGCUGUGCUAUUUGAGAGCGAUGGGGUGAGUCCGAGGGAUUCCCUCCUUCCCCCGUCACUGUCAUGCUCCAUCCUUGACGCAGCAGUCUCUGUCCAAGCUUUGGAGAAUUUUAUCCUCUCCCCAUUCUACUCCUCCACCUCCCAAAGUGUCACUUACUACAGUGCCCCUGGCUCUCCGUGUACAGGAAUCACACUUGGAUCCUAAACCAGACUUCUGGAGGUGAAAGUGUCACCGACCUGGGCCAGGGUGGGGGAGGAUUCAGAUGAACCCCAAAGCACAAGCUGAGGUUUCUGAGCUUAAAUCCCUGUUUCCAUCUAUCGGUAAAGUGGCUUCUGGGCUUUUCACAGCCAAGUACAGAUCAUUUGUCAAGGGGAAGGUUUUUGUUUUUGUUUUUUUUCCUGUUUCGUUAGGAGGAUGGCAAAAAGUUGUAACUAACACAACCGAAUAGCGAGGAGGCUUUGAGUGAAGCAGGGUUAGCCAGCUCGGAAGAAAAUGAGUAAAUUUGUUCUCCUGACUGUGAAUCAAGAUUCUCUGGAAUUUCGCUUUCUGAAUGUGAAAGUGUUUCAUAGCCCCCCUGUAUCAUGGGGUUUUCUUUCCUGAAGGUGUUGGGUCACGUACUUUGAUAUUAGUUUGGUUUGACAGGAUGUAGCUCAGGUGUACUGGGGACUUGAUGAGGCAAAUGAUCAUUUGCCAGAAUAGUCCUUUCCUAUUUUCACCUCUAUCCCGUCGUGAGAUUUUCCGUCGUGUGGUUUGAACAAUGCCAAUUGUCAAUAUGUAUCGGCACAAACAGAGGGUGAGCGCCAGAUUUACACUCCCAGAGGCAGAGACUGAAAUGGAGAAGGAAGUUACUGCCUGAUCCCUGCAAUGAUGCGAGAAAGAGUCAGGAGGGGGUUGGAGUGGGAGGUGAGGGGUACAGAGCUGGAAGACUGCACAUUUCGCUCUUGAGAGCCAGACCGCCAAUACUGAGAACUGUGAACGUGCUGCAGCUGUGCUAGAGAGAGACACGAAAUGUCCUAUGAGUGCCAUGGGAAGACGCCCCUGAAAUCUAAAGGGCUAGGAAUGAUGCCCCAAGAGGAGAGUGGUGGGGAGAGGGCAGCGUCUCAUCGUUGCUGAAAGGACGAGGCUAGGCAGAUGUAAGAAGGAAGCCGGGGAAGUCACGAGGCCUGAGCUCCCCAGAAGCCAGGCUGACCCGCAUCAAUGAGGCCAGAGGGAGAGGAAGACCCUGAAAUUUUAGCUCCUCCCCUCCCCAUCUGCCGCAGAGUCCUGGGUGCAGAUGAGAGAACCCCUCUGUGCCCCCGCUCGCCCCACACUGCAUCCCUCGAACCUGAGCUCGCGGGGUUUCCUGCUCUCGGAGCAUUUACUCUUGUGACUGGAUCCCGGCAUCGCUCGCAGAUUGUCUGCGCUUUUCUACCAGUUUUAACUUGUUUCUCUUUCCCUUUGCUCGCGGGAGCAGCACAGUGCUGGCCUGGGACAGAAGUGGACCAUGCUGAGCUGGGCUCCGGGCCCUGGCUGGGGAGGUGGGUUUAGCUUGUAUUUCUCAUUUGGAAAUGAUAAAGCAGAACAUAGUUUCUCAACCUCA